UCUAAACAUUCAAAAAAUUUCAUAUGAAAAAAUCUCGAUACAUCCAACAUUUUAUGAAGAUAGUAAUUAUGAAUAACGGCUUGUAUGCAAGCUACUACCCCAAACUCUACCAUUUUGCUAUCUUCGAUCGGUAGGUUGACGUCGGCCUCAUCAAACAGUUCCUCAUUUCCUCCAAGUUAUAACUUCCUUGCGUUUCAAUGAGUCCCUCAUUAACUUAAACAACCAAACAACCCAAGAACUUGGAUAUAAAAACACUAAACCCUUGAUCAGUUGUUACUUGUUAGCAACUUCCUCUCUUCACAAACAAGAUCAUCCAUGGCCUAUUAUGGAAGAAGAAACCAAACCUCCUCACUCAUAGAAGGGUUCUCCCUAAACCCUCUACCCUACCCAGUUCUCAUAAUCCUUGCACUCAUCUCAGUCUUUCUGGGCUUCUCAUGGUACUCCUCUUACGAGUCAGCUGUGGAAGAAGCUCAGUCACAGUUCAACUGGGUUCUUUUAGCCACACCAAUAGUCUUACUCCUCAUUGUUCAGUGGCUCUCAUCUAUGGACCCGGAUUGGCUCUUUGCCAUGUCGCCGUGGGAACAACGUCGUAGAACCCACCACCGUCCGUCGGAGGGGAGCUCGCCGUGGGGAGUUGCUGCUGUCAUUGUUGUCUUGCUGGUCCUGCUGCAGUUUCAGUCCAUUUUCCGAGAUAGCUGGCUUAUAUAAAUCCUCUGUUUCAAGGUCAGAGUGCUCUGUUUUCUUUGCCGAAGAACCAAAGAGUUGUGAUCUUUAAGCAGUUUGUUGUGUAGAUAACCAAGUAUAGCUAGUAGUUUGUACAUAAUGAUAUAUGAAAUACAUGAUAUUUGUACGUUUUCUGUUCUGUUGCGUAUUAUGUUUGAUUUUUCUGGGUUUUCUUUUCAUGUUGGUUCUGUAGAGAUUUGAUAUUAGAGAUUAUGAUUUUGUUUAUAUGAUCCAUAUAUGAUUGUGGGUUUUCUGU